UCAGCAGAGGAUGCUUUGGCCAGGAACUGUACAUUCGAUCCGUGCGCGAUGGCCUGGGUACCUUCUUCCUGUUUGUAUAAUGCAUUAUUACAAUUCUUCUACUUGAUGAAAGGAACAAGCAACGCCGUACCGAUGAGCCCAUCCUUCCAUACUUUCUCACACCCCAAUCAACAAUUAUCAAUCGACGAAGCAUCUCCACUUGCCAAGCCGGUACAGAUGUCGUUCGUACACGCUACAGAUGAGGGUAUGUUUGUAAUAACUACAUUAGAGUGGCACUUAACCCAUUGUCUCUAUGUCUUGAUGAAGAACGUACGGUCCAAAGAAACGAUGAUAGGAAUCGAGCCAAGAUACUGCCACCUAGGCCAUCUUGAACAUUGUUCAUCGACCCUGCUUUGCUUCACCAAGUCAUCAAACACUGCCAGUAGCAAACACACCUUUUCUCAGAUUGAUAUAUAUCCCUAA